AGUCGUGUUUUCCUGUGCGACACCGACGUCACAUCCGCUUUCUCGAUGCCCAAUGUUGGAGAGCAAUGGCGGCGUGCCGGGGAUCCUCGUCGAAAUGGUUUUUCACUCGGGAGCAGCUCGAAACUACGCCGUCCCGUCGAUGUGGAGUAGAACCAGACCGCGAGCUCUCCUAUCGACAACAAGCGGCGAAUCUGAUCCAAGAUAUGGGCCAGAGACUUAACGUCUCGCAAUUGACAAUAAAUACAGCCACUGUUUACAUGCAUAGAUUUUAUAUGCACCACUCUUUCACCAAAUUCCACAGGAAUAUAAUCUCUCCAACCACCUUAUUCUUGGCCGCAAAAGUGGAAGAGCAACCUCGGAAACUCGAACAUGUGAUCAAAGUUGCACAUGCUUGCCUAAAUCCCCAAGAGUCGCCUCUAGACACAAAGAGUAAUGCAUACCUCCAGCAAGCUCAAGAGCUGGUGAUACUUGAAUCCAUAGUGCUGCAGACCCUGGGCUUUGAAAUUACUAUUGAUCACCCACACACUGAUGUGGUGAAAUGUUCCCAGCUAGUGCGAGCAAGCAAGGAUCUGGCACAGACUUCCUAUUUCAUGGCUACCAACAGUCUACACCUCACUACCUUCUGCCUCCAGUACAAGCCCACGGUGAUCUCCUGUGUGUGCAUCCACCUGGUGUGUAAGUGGUCCAACUGGGAGAUACCAGUUUCCACUGAUGGGAAACACUGGUGGGAGUACGUGGACAACUCUGUCACCCUCGAGCUGCUUGAUGAGUUGACCCACGAGUUUCUGCAGAUUCUGGAGAAGACACCUAACCGGCUAAAGAGGAUACGCAACUGGAGGGCAACCCAAGCUGCCAAAAAGCCCAAGGGCGAUGGCACUUCGUUGACUGACAACUCCUUUGCUGGGCCUUCCAUGCUCCAAGAUCCAGUUGAUGCAUCACUCCCUGGAGUCUCCUCCAACCCAAGUUUUUCCAAAGCAAGCGCCACCUUCAUGUCAGGCCAGUCCGGAGGCGCACCCCUGUCUCUGGACGCCUUGGCUGGCACAUACAACCCAGCCAGCCACAGUGAGUGGCCCCUGGGCAACCAGAGCCAAGCGGGGUACUCUUCCACUUGUAUAAAGCAGGAACCCCUCAGCAUCCCUCUGCAUGAGCCCACACUGUCCUCGCAGACCGGCACUUCCUCUUUGCUUCAGCAUGCGCCGGUAUACAGGACUGAGAAAACACUAGACUUCAUCCCUGUCAAACAGGAACAUAAGGGAGCUGGUGGGAGCGGAGUGGGCAAGCCUCAGUCUGCAUACUCUCAGCCACCUGCACCACAACCAUCUCCAGCUCAGAAGCUGUCUCUGGACAAAUACAGAGAGAAACAUGCGGGAGAGCUGGCUAUCUCUGGGCAUAAACGCAGUCAGGAACAACAUGGAGGAUUAAUGGAUUGUGACAUGAGGGGGGAUAUGUUAUCUUCCUCCUCUUCUACCUAUGCACCAAUCACUACAAGUCAAGUAGACCAUAGAAAACAUUCACAGCCCCACCAAACAUCCCAUAGUGGUGGUGGGGGCACCACUGCCUCUCCAAUGAAAAUGAAAGUCCCCUCCUCCUCAACUUCAGGGCAAGAUAGACGUCCUCACAGUGACAAACGGGACAAAGGCUCACUCAAACUCCGCCUGGCUGUUCCUGGGUCUGGUGGCAGCUACCAGCUGGAUAAAAGUGGACAGGUGAGCAAAGAUGAGCUUAAGAUGAAGAUAAAAGUCUCAUCAUCAGAGCGCCACAGCUCAUCGGAUGAAGGCAUGGCAGCCAACCACAACAAGAGUAAACAUUCCAGCCCUCUGGUGAGCAAGGAGAAACAACAUCGCGGAGCAGAUCACAGCCUCCAUCGCCACCACAAGCACAGUCAUCCACACACACACAGCGGGAAUGGCGGAGGAGGCCUUCUACGGGGUCCUCCAGGACUGGCCAGCAUGGAAGGGACUACGCUUGCUCCUCCCGGAUCCACCGCUCUGUCUUCAUCCUCGUCUCGCAAGAGGGCGUACCCCGAGGCCAGCCACAACCACCACCCUUCCUCCUCAUUCUCCACCACAUGCUCCAAAGUGAGCAAAAUCUCCAAGGGUGGCACUGGUGCUGCAGGUGGGCUGCGGACCUCUCAGCAGUACCCUCCUCCUAGUGAAUCGCCACAUGAAGUAGGAGAGCAGAGACACUGAGUCCCGCCCUCUGCAGCCAUGGCCAGCACGUGGAAAUGGCAACAAAACUACCCACAGCUCAGACUUUGAAGACUAUGCUCACCUCCCUGUUAAGUGCCCUAGGAAAAAUAACUCUUUAUGUCAUGAUAAACCCUUUACUUAAAGGCAAAAAAAAAAAAAAAAAAAAAAAAAAGAGAUAAGUAUUUUGGGA